UUUACAUUCAAUCUGGAUUCAUUGGUCCUAGAAUGAAAUCAUUAUUUACAUAAUGUAGUGCCAUGUACCGUAGUGGUGUUUAACCAUUCGCGUCUUGUCCAAUCGAUCAGAAAAAGAGCAACAUCCCGUAGUUUAAAAUUGUGCUUUCAUAGUGACUGGACAUGAGCCUCCUGAUUGCGGCAACACUCACUGCUGUCUGCUAUGUCUCCAUGGCCAGUAAUGUAAAACAAACCCUGUCAGAUGGCUGUCACUCUGAUGACGACCUUGGUUUGGACUGCUGCGCUGCAACGCUCUGGUGUGACUACAGUGGUCUUAUACCUCGUGACCGGGGUGAUUGUAGUUGUGCCGAAGGCUGUACAGCCGGCCGCGACACCACCACAGGGAUAUCUGUAAGUGAUUGUGCAGGAACCUUGCUUAGUGACAAAGAAAAGCGUGAUAAUCCUGUACCGGGUGAUCCUUUGCCAGACACUGCUAUACCGGAUGCUCCUUUGCCGGAUACUUCAUUACCGGAUGAUCCUUUGGCAGAUAGUGCCGUGCCGGAGAGUAACUCACCAGAUGACGACUUCCCAGAAGACUACAAUGAAGCUAUCUUAAGACAUGUAUUUAAUGAUAUUGAUACAGACGGAGAUAAUUACUUAUCUGAAGGUGAGUUGAUUGAGGCAGAACUGGACUUUGGUCAAGGGAUGAGUAACGCAGAGAUUCAUGAUUUGUUGUUUGAAAUGGACAAAGACGGUGAUGGCUACCUAGAUUUCGACGAAUAUCUAAUAACCCCGCACAUUUAAACAAUUAAAACCAACGAGGUGACCGUGUCUGAAAGUCAUCUCGACCUGAGCCCACUUUUACAAUAUGUCUAGUUGGUCGGUCGUGUUCUGACUGCCUGAAUGUUUAAGA